AUGCAUAAUGAUGAUUCUGGGGAGAUGCUUUCAUCAAACAAUGAAAAGCCUCCGAACGAGCAUCAUCACGAUCAACGAUUAAUCUUUGAAAAUAAUCUUAUACAUGACAUUUGGAUGGAAAUUGUUUCAUUCAUGGAUGAUGGUGAAAUCCUCAGAAUGAGAUGUGUCUGUAAACAAUGGAACGAAUGGAUUAUUGACAUGGACCACUCGUGUCCGUAUUGGAGUGAUUGUUUUACCAAGAUUUUGAAAUAUAGUGUUCGAAAACGAAAGAAAUUACUAUAUGAGAAAAAUUUGGUUUUGAAUAAUAGAGCUAGUUUUCUCUAUUUAUUAUUACUAAGAAAAAUAGUCGAUGAAUGGAAAUAUGUAACACGAAGUUCAAAGAUAUCGAGUGGAGUUGAUUAUAGUUAUUUUAUUACCAACAUUGAAAAUGAGUCAUCAAAAGUGACCGAAAUGAGAAAUCAAAUCAUUCCCUAUUCGUUCAUAACAAAAAUUCAAACAACACCAAUCAUGGAAAGAAAAACACAGUUGGGGUAUUCUCAUCAUUUUGAAAUUUAUGUCUUUGACGUAAAAGGGCUUGGUAAUGUUUUGAAACUGGCUAUAACAUGCUCAGUUUACCAGAAUAGAUUUGAAAUGGUACCAAAAACUUGUCGAUAUCAAUUCUACAUUUCUUAUUCCAAGGUAAUGCAAGAGGGCAACAUUAUGGCUAAAUCAUCCAGCAAGAAUCAUUGCUUAUUGAAGUAUGAUCAGUCUCAAUAUCAACCCUUCAAAGACACAAUUGUGGAGUUGAUGAAUUUUAUUGGACUUGAUGACUCGUACACUCAAAAUGUUGAUUGUCUGAGAGAGUUCAUGUUGGUACUUUGUGUUGAUACUACCAUAACCACCAAGUCCAUCAAACAUCCUUUGACCAUCGAUCGAAGAAACUUUUCAUCAUACGUAUGA